GUUGCACUUUGUCGAUAUACCCCUUUAGGUGUUGGAGUUGUCAUUUAAAGAAUCCUUGUUAGGAACAGAACAGAACUAUAUGGUUGAAUUGAUAAUCCGCCGGACUUCCUAAAAAAAGCGCACAUCAUUAUCUCCGAGAUCUGAUAAGGCGCCACCGCCCUGAUGAGAGGCAGAGAGGCCUCCCAUCAUUUCAAGCUCUACUUACACUGCCUACACAAUGGCGCCCAUUUCCAUCACCAAAGACCAGCCCUCGGCGCAGGAAUCCUUCACACAGAUGGCCGAUAAAGAUCUCGAGUCAAUCGGGCGACACUGUCAGUUUGAAUACUGCAAUCAACUCGAUUUCCUCCCUUUCCGCUGCGAGUCCUGCCGCGGAACAUUCUGUCUUGACCACCGCACGGAAACGACGCAUAGGUGUCCCAAUGCCGGUGAAUGGGCUCGGCGAAGGAAUGGCCAGAACUCCAGCACCGGCACCAACCUUCCCACGCAGAGACCUACGAUCUACAAUUCCGACCAGUGUGCCCACCUCGAAUGUAAGACCCUUAUCAACACCAUGAAAGACCCGGGCGUCCGAUGCCCCAACUGCAACCGCCAGUACUGCCUGAAGCACCGACUCCGGGAAGAGCACGACUGCGCCAAGAUCACCCCGCUGGGCGGGCGGCCAGCCGCAGCAGGCUCCAACGCAAACGACACUCUGCGCUCUAUGUUCGCGCGGGUCCGCACAUGGGGCAAGGAUAAGAGCCACGCCGCGACGCAGAGUCUCACCCCGACCCCGAAACCGAACAGUCCCGCGGCGCGGACCACUCAGCUGAACACCCUCAAGAAGUCCGCCAAGGGGGACGCCAAUGUUCCCGCCGACAAGCGUGUCUAUCUGCACGUGGUUGGCACUUCGGAUACGCAGCGAGCGGACCCGCCGAAGGGCGACUUCUACUUCGAUGGCCGGUGGAAGGUCGGGCGGGUUCUGGACGAUGCAGCGCGACGGCUGGGUGUGGAGAAUGUGAACAACCGGGCUGAGGAAAAGGAACGCCUGCGGAUCUUCCAUGUCGAGUCGGGGGAUUUCCUCGAGUUCUCGGAUGCACUUGGAGCUAGCAAGGUGAAGUCCGGGCACACGAUUGUUUUACUGCGGGGGGCGGGAGUCAUGCUGGGGAAAUAGAGAUAUAGAUUUAUCCUUCAUUUUUCGGUUCUCGGUUCUUUUUAUGUUUUUUUCUUGUUUUUAUCGAUUAGGCGCAGCCAUGAUACCAUCUAACUUAUCAAUCACAUCACAUACGUACAUACAAUUCAU